AUGGAUUGCCACGGCAACGGUAUCUCAAAUGCCGCUAUCAGUGGCCUGCACAUCUUAAUGGGAAAAUUCCCUGGGGUGGGAGAGAGGGGGGCGGAGGCCGAGAGGCGCCAUAUAAGGCAGCGCACUGGCAGAUCUGAAAGUGCGCAGGGGGGUGCGACGGAGAGAAAGGGAGAGGGAGUCUUUAAAAAGCAAUUGUGGAUUAAGAAUGAAUACGUCCGAGUGGGACUUGCAGAAACUCUUGGCACCUAUGUCAUGAUGGUAUUUGGCCUGGGCUCUGUGGCACAGGUGGUCACAGGGGGAGGAGUGUUUGGGGAUUACCUGAGCAUCAACCUUGGCUUUGGUCUGGGAGUCGCCAUGGGCGUGCACAUCGCUGGCAAGGUCUCAGGUGCCCACAUGAACGCAGCUGUUUCCUUCGCCAUGUGUCUGUUUGGCCGUCUCAGCUGGAAGAUGUUCCCCCUUUACCUUGCGGCUCAAAUGCUGGCCUCCUUUUCUGCAGCUGGGACCGUCUAUUCCCUUUACUACGAUGCCAUCUUUCACUACUGUGGCGGUAAUUUCACUGUCUCUGGUCCCAAGGCUACGGCCGGCAUCUUUGCCACCUACCCUGCGCCCUACCUCUCCAUACCUGCAGGAUUCCUGGAUCAGGUGCUGGGGACAGCCAUGCUUCUGGUCUGCCUCAUGGCUCUGUCGGACCAGAGGAACCAGCCGGCCCCACCCGGCAGCGAACCACUGGCUGUGGGGCUUCUGGUACUUCUAAUCGGGGUCUCUCUGGGGAGCAACAGCGGCUAUGCCAUCAACCCAUCCCGUGAUCUGGCCCCCCGUAUCUUCACUGCUUUGGCUGGCUGGGGGCCGGAGGUCUUCAGGGCAGGAAACAGGUGGUUCUGGGUGCCCGUGGUGGCCCCCAUGGUGGGGAGUGUGACGGGAGCCGUGGUCUACAAGGCGUUUGUGGAGCUGCACCACCCCUCACACCGGGAGUGCGGGGCCCCUCCCGGAGACACAGAGCUGAGGAAGAGCGGCAGCGGCAGUGGCGCGCCCGUGUGA